AUGGGUCCACCCCAAUUUAGGAAGCGUCGCCGUGAAGGGUACAAUGUCGACGUGAAGCUUGUCGAGAUCUACGAGGAUCUCGCCAGCGAAAAGGACGAUAUCCGGAUUAAGGCAGCUCAGAGCCUCAUAUCACAAUUCACACCCGACCAAACUCCGACCGAUGAGCAGAUCAAGAAGGUCCUGCAGCGUCUUUUCCGCGGACUCUGCAGUAGCCGCAAGGCUGCUCGAAUUGGAUUCUCCAUUGCUUUGACUGAGAUGUUGACGCAGGUCUUUACAACUAAAAGAGAGUCUUCGGAGGUUGUCUUGACGGAUGCGCUUAAGAUUUGGGAGUCUCAGACUCAUGCUACCGACGGCGAGUCGGGACAGGAACAACGUGAUCACUACUUUGGUCGUCUAUUUGGUGCGGAAGCUAUCAUCAAGUCCUUCGUCCUUUUCCAGCCCUCCGUUCCCUUUAUUGAAUGGACCAAGGUCCUCGACCUCAUCUUCGAGCUCGCCCAGAAGAAGCCAUGGCUCCGCGAAGAAUGCGGUUGGAUCAUUUAUCGUGCUGUCUUUGACCUCUCCGCGCGCAAUAUGGACUUCAAGUUUAUCAAGGCUGCCUUGGAAUGCAUGGUUUCUUAUGACAUUGCUCGGUCGCCCGAGGGCGUUGCUAUCUGGCUGGCUGCGAAGGACAUGUUCCCUGGGGCGAAGUUCCCCAGCGACGUCUGGAAACAUGAUGAUCCUCUGGAUAAGAAGGAGCGCAGUAGUCUGUCCAAGAUUAUGAAGGAGUCUUCUACCGGUGAACAGCAGGGCGAGAGCAAGUCAUCCGGAGUGUGGAAUUCCAAACUUCACUUUGCCUGGGAUGCGGUUAUUUCGCGUCUUAGCGAUGCAUCGGAAGAGGACAGCUCUAAAUCAAAAAAAUCCAAGUCAAAUCGUUUGUCAUUCACGGAUUUCUGGAGAGAGGUGGUUGACAAUGGUCUAUUUGCUGCGGCGUCAUCGGACGAGCGAAAAUAUUGGGGUUUCCUCCUCUUCAACAAAGUUCUCAACGAGGGAGCUUCGCAACAGGCGUCUCAAGUAUUUACAAAGAACCUUGUUCGCUGUCUGACAAACCAACUUGCUGUUCAGGACAGAUACUUGCACAAAAUGGCCGUGAAGGCUUCCAAGGCAAUUCAAGCUCGUGUUUCCAAGGAGCCCUCAUUCGCUGCAGCCGCGGUCUGUGGACUGAUGGGAACUGGUGGUGCUGUCAACUUCGACCAGGUCACGAAGACAAAGACUAUCGAGAAGAUCGUAGCCGAUGCAGACAGUGACUCCCUGAAGGAGAUUGUCCCGCUAUUCGAGAAGCUCAUCCAAAGCCCUGGCACAGACGACGGGAAAGCUGCCGCGGCGAACCGUCAAUUCAUUGCCGGACUGCUUCUGUCGAUUGUGCGUGCGAAAGCAUCUACUGGAAACGGUACUUCGGAGGAGGACUAUCAAUCAAUUCUAGAGCAGAUUCUGUCCACAUACGUGCGAUUUGCAUACUUUAAGAGCAGCGCUGGCUCUAUUGCCCCAGAACCAGCCCUUUCUGAGGCAACACAAGAGUUGUUGCGAAACCGGAUCAAUUCUGCAUUGAACAGUCUCCUUGCAUCACAGAAAUAUGCGGCGACAAUCCCGUACGCGGUUGUGCGACAGAUUCGUGACGCAGCGAAGUCAGAAGAGUUUGGCAAAUUCAUCAUUAAUAUCGAUGACAAGCUGCAGGAGUCUGUCAAGACGGCCUUCAAAGCGCUGAAAAAGCUGUCCAGCAAAGAAAAGAGUGGAGAGAAUAGCAGCAUUGCUGCCUUCAAGCUCCUCUACUCUAUGACUCUUCUGCAGAUAUACAACGGUGAUGCUGAUGCCGUCUCUAUGCUUGACGAGCUAGACUUUUGCUAUACAAAGUUCCUGGGUGAGGAUAAGGAAGGAGAUACCUCCGAUGCCUCCGAUGCUCUCGUUGAAAUCCUGCUUAGCUUUGCAUCUAAGCAAUCGCAGCUGUUCCGCCGUAUGAGUGAGCAGGUAUUUGGCGCGUUUGCUGACCAGAUGACUGAGAACGGUUUGGAGUCUUUGAUUUCGAUUCUCGAGGCCAAGGAAAGUCUCGCUGGUCAGCAGGAGAUGUUCGAUAAUCAGGAUGAUGACGAUGAUGACGAGGAAGAUGAUGAUGGUGACGAGGACGCGGAGAUGAUUGAUGUCGACGAAGACGACAGCGACAUCGAAGUCCUCGAAGUAGACGAUGCCGAAGAGUCCUCAGACGAAGAGGAAGACUCAGACACAGAAGAAGAUACAGCCGAAGUGGCCGAAUUCGAAGCCAAGCUCGCUGCCGCACUUGGCACCCACCGGGCCGAUGAAGACGCCGACGCAAUGGAAUCCGACUCAGACGCUGACAUGAACGACGACGAGAUGGAUGCUGUCGACGCCCAACUAGCCAACGUCUUCCGCGCCCGCCGCGACGCCGUCUCCCAAAACAAAGACAAGAAGGGAGCACGCGAGAACAUGGUAAACUUCAAGAACAGAGUCUUAGACCUGAUCGAGAUCUUCGUGAAAAAGUGCCACUCGCGCGUCCUAGCCCUAGAUCUAAUCCUCCCCCUCCUCCGCCUCGCGCGUCGCUCAAGCGCAAAGCAAAUCGCCAACAAAGCCAACGCCGUGCUCCGCGAAUACACAAAGCUAUGCAAGGGCAACGCAAUCCCCAAGAUCGACGACGAGGUCGGCGCAGAGCCUGUCUGGGAACUUCUGCGUGCUAUCCAUAGCGAAGCGUGCCAUAGUGGCCCGCCUGCUCAUGCUUCUGCUUCUAGUCAGGCCAGUCUGCUUGUUGUGAAGAUUUUGAUUGCGCAGGAUAAGGAUGCUAUUGAUGGCGUUGUGGAUGUUUAUGGUGCUACGAGGAAGGGUCAGCUUCGUAGUGCCAAGUGUCAUGUUCAGCCGUCUUUCUUUACUGAUUGGAAUAAUUGGUGUGUUUCGGCUAGCAAGGCGCUGAAGAAUUGA